AUGGUUUUACGUAACUAUUCAACUCAACCAAUUCAAAAAGUUACUUUAAUUCCAGGUGAUGGUAUUGGUUUAGAAAUUUCAGAAUCAGUUAAAAAAGUUUUUGCAGCUGCUAAAGUACCAAUUGAAUGGGAAACAGUUGUUGUUGAUGCCAACACUGGUAUUUCAAAAGAAGUUGCUGAAUCAAUUAGAAAAAAUAAAAUCGGUUUAAAGGGUCCAAUCUCAACCCCAAUUGGUACAGGUCAUCAAUCAUUAAAUUUAGGUCUUCGUAAGACUUUUGGUUUAUACGCUAAUGUUAGACCAUGUCUUUCAAUUCCAGGUCACAAAACUCGUUACGAUGAUGUCAACACUGUUGUCAUUAGAGAAAACACUGAAGGUGAAUAUUCAGGUAUCGAAAAUAUGCCAGUUAAAGGUGUUGCUCAAUCAAUUAAAAUCAUUACCAAAGAAGCUUCAACUCGUAUUGCCAACUAUGCUUUCCAAUACGCCUUAGCCAACGGUAGAAAGAAAGUCACAUGCAUUCAUAAAGCCAAUAUCAUGAAACAAUCUGAUGGUUUAUUCGUUAAAUCAUGCAGAGAAGUUGCCACUCGUUAUCCAACUGUUAAAUACGAAGAAUUAACCAUCGAUAACAACUGUAUGCAAUUAGUUUUAAAUCCAGCUCAAUUAGAUGUUAUGGUUCUUCCAAAUCUUUAUGGUGAUAUCGUCAGUGAUUUAUGUGCAGGUUUAAUUGGUGGUUUAGGUUUAACCCCAUCUGGUAAUAUUGGUGAAAAUGGUACUGCUAUCUUUGAAGCUGUCCACGGUACUGCCCCAGAUAUUGCUGGUCAAAAUAAAGCAAAUCCAACUGCUCUCUUAUUAUCUGGUAUUAUGAUGUUACGUCAUCUUGGUUUAAAUACUCACGCCAAUAAAAUCGAAAGUGCCGUUUUAACUACUCUUGGUGAAGGUAAAAUUAUGACUGGUGAUAUGGGUGGUAAAUCAUCAUGUACCGAUUAUACUGAUGAAUUAUGCAGAAAGAUCCAAAACGCCAACUAA